AUGCAGCUGGAGAUACCUGAGUGCAGGAGGUGCUUCUGCUGCCUACCUCUCCGCUGCGGCAUCAUCGCAUUCGGCUAUCUCUAUUUGAUCUUUUCAUUGUUCGUGCUGAGCUUGGAGACAUGGCUGGCGGUGACCGGAGUGACCUCGACGCACACUAUGGCCCUCUACAGGGGCGUCUCCUUUUAUACGCAGUUGUGGUUCUUUAUGCUACUGUACGUGAUUGAAGCCGUCUUCAGCAUUGUCCUGCUUAUCGGCGCGCAUGGGAAGAAACCUCGUCUACUGCGAGUGUACUUUUACUACGGGAUUACGACCACUCUGGCGUCUUUGGUCACCCUACUUUCGCUGGCGCACCAUUACGCGAACGCACACUGGGCGAACUCGGUUCUCGAGGGCUCUUUAGCAUUCUGCGGGUUUGCUCUGCAAGCCUACCUCCUACUGUUGAUCAGGACGGAGCUUAAGAAGCUGCGGCAGAACAGCCAGAUAAGCUUUAUAAAUCACGUAGCGGAAGUCGUUGUAGACGUGCCGCGAGAUGAAGAAGCAGGGAACCCCCUC